AGCUGUGUUGAUGACGUUUUAGACCGGUUUAUGAUAGGUCGGUGAUGGUGUCAGUCAUCCUCCUGGAGACGGGGCUUGGCCCAGGCGUCUGCAGCGGGUGGGAGGAUCCGGUGACUGGGCCGUGGCUAUGGGGCUUGGAGUGGCGGCGGUUGCCGGCUACCUGCUUUCAUGGGGCCUGCUGGCUGUCGCUUUUGGCUGCUCGCUGUUCGCCGUCUGGAAACUGGGGCUGGUUCAGCGGCUGCGAUACCGGGUGGAAGCUUCAAGUCCCAGACAUGGUGGUGAGAGUGUAGCAGAGGUGCUGAAGGCUCAUGGUGUGAAGUACGUGUUCACCUUGGUGGGAGGACAUAUCUCACCAAUCCUUGUGGCUUGUGAGAAGAUUGGCAUCCGUGUGGUAGACACACGACAUGAGGUCACAGCUGUAUUUGCUGCUGAUGCUGUGGCCAGGCUUUCAGGUUCUAUUGGUGUUGCUGCAGUAACUGCAGGUCCUGGUUUAACUAACACUGUAACUGCAGUGAAAAAUGCGCAAAUGGCAGAGACUCCAGUACUUCUAAUUGGGGGAGCAGCUGCAACUCUUUUACAGGGCAGAGGUGCGCUGCAAGAUAUUGAUCAGCUGUCACUUUUCAGAACCCUCUGUAAGUUCUGUGCUACUGUCCGUACAGUUCGUGACAUUGUUCCUGUGCUCCGGAAAGCUAUUGCAGUGGCUCAGUCUGGUACUCCAGGACCUGUGUUUGUUGAGUUUCCAAUUGAUGUCCUCUACCCAUAUCAUGUAGUUCGGAAAGAGGUCAUUCCAAAAAGUGCACCUAAGGGAGUUGUGGGAAAAGCUGUAAAUUGGUAUCUUCAUAACCAUCUAAAUAACCUGUUUGCUGGAGCCUGGGACAAGAGGGACAUCUCACCGCUACCAGUUGAUCAUCCCAUGGCCACAGCUAAUGAGGUGCAGUGCUGUAUGGAGAUGGUGAGCAGAGCUAAAAAACCAGUCAUCCUUCUGGGCAGUCAAGCAACGCUGCCACCAACACCUGCGGACAAUGUCCGGGCAGCUCUGGAGUCUCUGGCGAUCCCUUGCUUCCUGGGAGGCAUGGCUCGAGGAAUGCUGGGAAGGGACAGCCCCAUUCACAUCCGACAGAACCGAAGGGAUGCUUUGAAAGAGGCAGACCUGGUCAUAUUGGCAGGUAUAGUGUGUGAUUUUCGUUUGUCUUAUGGCCGUGUCCUCAGCAAACGGAGCCAGAUAGUUGCUGUAAACCGCGACCGUUCGCAAUUGCUGAAAAACUCAGACAUGUUCUGGAAGCCAACACUCGCUGUGAGAGGUGAUGCUGGUUCCUUUUUAGUUCGGUUGGCAGAGGGGUUGCGAGGUUACCAGGCUCCCCGUGAUUGGACCCGACACCUGAAGGAUGGAGAUGUCAAAAAGGAAAAGGCUAAUUGUGAAAAAGCAGAGGAGGAAGUGAUGACACAUCUGAAUCCUCUGAAAGUUCUGCAUCGUGUCGAGCAUUUGAUGGAGGAGGACAGCAUCAUAGUGACUGAUGGGGGUGAUUUUGUGGGGAGUGCUGCUUAUAUCUUGAAACCCCGAGGACCUCUCCGAUGGCUCGAUCCUGGAGCAUUUGGCACACUUGGAGUAGGUGGUGGAUUUGCACUGGGAGCCAAGCUUUGCAGACCAGAGUCGGAGGUUUGGAUCGUUUAUGGCGAUGGUUCCCUUGGCUACAGCAUUGCUGAAUUUGACACAUUCAAACGUCACAAGACUCCUGUAAUCGCCUUGGUUGGCAAUGAUGCUGGCUGGAGCCAGAUUUCCCGAGAGCAGGUUCCCUUGCUUGGCAGCAAUGUGGCCUGUGGCCUGGCAUACACAGAUUAUCAUACAGUUGCUGAGGGAUACGGUGGUAAAGGCUUUCUACUGAACCGGGAAAAUGAAGAUCAAAUGGACAAUAUAAUAAGGGCUGCUCAGGGGGAGUGCAGGAAUGGGAAUCCGACCCUCAUAAAUGUCCUGAUAGGAAAAUCGAAUUUCAGGGAAGGUUCCAUCUCUGUGUAAUCACUCCUUUUGUACAGAUCAUGGAUUUGCUGUUUCGUGUGUGCCUUGCCCCAUUAAGUUCUUGUCCUAGUGACAUAGACAGAAAACAGAAUGGUGAAAGAUUGUACAUAAUCAUGCAAUUGCAUUUAAUGCACAAGGUACUUAAUCAAAGACUAAUUUACAUGAAUAACCACUAACAUUUUGAUUUUAUUUGUUUUUUAGAAAACAAAAAUCAGGCUAUAUUUUAUUAUUUUUUAAGUUAAUCUGUGUUAAAUUUGAGUCUAUAAUAGUUGUGUAGCUUGGAGCUGGUUAACAGUGGUUUUCAAUGCAGUUCCUGGAAGCCACUUGAACAAUCCCUCUCUUUGUCCAAGGAGCCUCAAGGUUCGUGCUGCUGGGUUUGUCUGUGUGCUGAAUGAGCUGUAGCGUGAUGCUGUACCCUCCCCAGCAAAAAAAACAGGAUCUAGAAACAACAUGAUCCUUAUACCAUGAAUCACAGGCUCUGGCUAAAAUAAAGAAAGAACCCUUUUGUUUUA